AUGUUCUGUCGGACAGGCUUCGAUCGCCUCAUCGCGGGCAAUGGAACAUGGGUGGAUGUGCGACUCUGGCGAGGGCGCGCCUUCAACAAGAAGCUGUGCGAGCGCCACUUCAGGGUGGUUUGCAGCCUGGUCGAGGCCUCGCCCGAAAUCUGGACGAAUCCUUGGAGCCACGUCCUCCUGAGUGUCCUGGAGCCUGACAGUUGGGUGCCCUUCCACCAGGGCCACAGCAACGGUCAGCUGACCUACCACGUGCCCGUGGUCGUGCCCUCGAACUCGGCGGCUGAGUUGGCCAUCGUUCCGCGCGGUGGCUCCUUGCCGGAGGAUGACCACACGAGGCCUAGCAUUUAG